UAAGUAGUGGCAGUUCGGUGUUUCAGGCCCCAGAUGUUUACGGUUGAGUGAGGAUGCUGCGAAUAGAGUCAUACAUCACACCCAUUAUCCUCAGCUAUGUGGAUAAAUACAUAAAAAAUCUCAAACCAGAGGAUUCUCAGGUAUCCUUGUGGGGAGGAGAUGCUGUCUUCAACAACUUAGAUUUACGCCUUGAUGUGCUUGAGCAAGAACUACGUCUUCCAUUUUCUUUCGUCAAUGGCCAUAUCCACGAACUGCGAAUUCACGUACCUUGGACCAAGCUUACAUCAGAACCAAUUGUUAUUACUAUUAACACUAUUGAAUGUAUCCUCAAACUAAAGGGAGGAGAAGCUGCUAGCUCUGAUUCCUCCAGUCUUAGUGGGGCAGGACCCAAAGCUGCAGAUUUACGACGUAAACAAAGAAGAUUUAACAGCAGAAAGACUGAUAAUGUACGCAACGCUGGCAAGCCAACAGAUCAUACUGUUUGUCUGGACAAAAGGAAUGCUUCAGGCACAGAUAAAAAUUAUCAGGCCCUCUUGGAAGAAAAUGCCAAUAGGACCUUUCAUUACACAAGAGGCAACGGCAAUGCCAAGGACUCAAGACGAGCCUAUGAAAGACAGGCCCUGACGGCCUAA